AUGGACGGAGACAACCAACAAAUUGGCCGCCUCGCAAUCAAGGCACCUCCUUUCUGGCCUGAAGAACCUGAACUCUGGUUUGCUCAACUAGAAGGCCAAUUUACACUAGGAGGAAUAACACAAGACGCAACAAAAUAUUUAUAUGUUAUAGCACACAUUAAAACUAAGUACGCUCGGGAUGUAAGAGACAUUAUUACGCAACCCCCGGAAGCCGGAAAAUAUGAAACAAUUAAAAAAGCACUUAUACAACGUUUGACAAUCACUCAAGAACAACGAACUCGCCAAUUACUUGAGCAUGAAGAGUUAGGUGAUAGAAAACCAUCUCAAUUCCUACGACAUUUGCGAACACUUGCCGGAUCAAAUAUACUGGAACAUCUUCUCCGCACUUUAUGGAUUGGACGACUGCCCUCACAAAUGCAAAUCAUAUUAACAACAAGGUCAGAAGACAGACUAGAGGAAGUUGCUGAACAAGCCGACCGAAUUGCCGAAGUAACAAACCGAUCAAUAGCAGCUACUACAAACAGUACUACCGAAAAGCAGACGCUAGAGGAACAAAUAAAAAAAUUAACUGAGCAAGUCGCAAAGUUAAGUAGAAGACAAUUUAAUCGCUCUAGAAGCCGAUCCAGAAAUUGGUCGCCAAGAAGACGAUCGCAGAGUAAAUCACAAAAUCAAACAAGUCAAGAAGACGAGGAAACCUGUUAUUACCAUCGACGUUUCGGAAACAAGGUUAAUAAAUGCCAGCAACCUUGCAAAUUCAAAAAGGAAAACGAAGAGGAGAGUCAUUAA